AUGAUGCGGGUGUUGUGCGUGGCAGAGAAGCCAUCCAUUGCAAAGGCAGUCGCAGGCCAUCUCGGUGGGCAAGCCCGAGCUGAAAGCGUUCGGGGCAUCCAAUGGGUCAAGAACUACAAGUUUGAUUUUCGCUUCAGCAACUGGGGCCAGUGUUCUGUCACUUUUACCUGUGUUGCUGGGCACAUUGUCGCCCAGGAUUUUACCGACAGAUAUAAAAAAUGGCACUCAUGCCAGCCGGUCUCUCUAUUCGAAGCACCGAUUGUGUCUGGAAUAGCAGAGGACAAGAAAGCGGUGGCGAGCAACAUUGAAACCCAGGCGAGGUACGCGUCAAUUCUCUUCAUAUGGACCGACUGUGACCGCGAGGGCGAGCACAUUGGGACCGAGAUCCGCGACAUUGCACUCAAGGCAAAUCCAAACAUGCAAGUGUGGCGAGCACGUUUCAGCAAUAUCGAGCGAGCACAUGUCAUUCAAGCGUCACAGAAUCCAAUCCGUCUGGAUGAGGCACAGGCGCAGGCCGUCUCGGCACGGAUUGAGCUGGAUCUGCGACUGGGAGCCGCAUUUACGCGAAUGCAGACGCUAGCGCUCCAGAACAUGAUCCCCCAGCAAGGCGAAGAGCGAGGCAAGCUAAUCAGCUAUGGCUCUUGCCAGUUCCCGACUCUGGGGUUCGUGGUAGACCGCUAUCUGCGAGUACGCAACUUUGUUCCAGAGCCAUUCUGGUACAUCAAGGUGGCACACGAAAAGGACGGCAUUGACGUCAAGUUCAAUUGGCGGCGGGGCCACUUGUUUGACCGCAUGGCCGUCAUUCUCAUCAUGGAACGCUGUCUGCUUUCCAAGACUGCAACUGUGACGAAGAUGGCAAAGAAAGCUAGCAAGAAGUGGAAGCCGCUGCCUCUGACCACUGUUGAGCUACAAAAGAAUGGGAGCAGAUUUCUUCGCAUGACGUCGCAGGACGUGAUGAAGGUGGCCGAGGAGUUGUAUACCAAAGGCUGGAUCAGCUACCCGCGCACGGAAACGGACCAGUUUGAUCGCGGCAUGGACCUGCGAACGCUUGUGGGGCGGCAGACUCAAGAUGGGCGCUGGGGGCCAUUUGCACAGAAUCUGAUGAAUGGCGGAUUUCAGCAGCCUCGCUCGGGGCGUAACAACGACAAGGCCCAUCCUCCCAUUCACCCAGUCAACUAUGUGGCACCUACACAGCUCAACGAGCGGGAACGUGCAGUGUAUGAAUUUGUGGUUCGCCGUUUCCUCGCUUGCUGCUCCGAGGACGCUGUUGGUGAGGCUACAGACAUUGAAAUUGAGUAUGGAGGGGAGGUGUUCCAUGCGCACGGCCUGCGGGUCAUUGCAAGAAACUACCUAGACGUGUACCCAUAUGACAAAUGGGAGAGCAGUCAGGCGUUGCCACAGUAUGCUGUAGGAGAAGAGCUUAAGCCGACCGAGGUGAACAUGGUUGAUGGUCAGACGACGGCGCCAAGCUACCUUACGGAGCCCGAAUUGAUCGCACUGAUGGACGCCAACGGAAUUGGUACGGAUGCAACCAUGGCCGAGCACAUUGCCAAAAUCAAGGAACGCGAGUAUGUGAUUGCACGGCCCAAAGGUGGUGGGGGCGCCGGUGCUAGUGAUGGAAAUGGUGCAGCAGCAGGCAGAGGGCGAGGGCGAGGGCGAGGGCGAGGUGGUGGGCGAGGUGGAGGGCGUGGAGGGCGAGGCGGCGCAGCAACAGGACAAGGCGGGGGAGGGAACACGGGCGGAGUUCAGGAGUUUAUCCCGACGACGCUGGGGGUUGCGCUCAUCGAGGGGUACGACAAUGUGGGGUUUGAGACGAGCCUGAGCAAGCCGUUUCUCCGUAAGCAGAUGGAGGAGCAGAUGAAGGCGAUAUGCGAGGGCCGCAGCACACGCAACGACGUUGUUCAACAAAACCUGGAUCAAUAUCGGGCAGUGUUCAACCGCACGGUGCAGCAGAUCAACGUGCUGAAAUCGGCCAUCACCAAGUAUGUCGUCAACGCGAAUCACGGCUGA